UCUUCUCGUCAUUUAGCAAUCUAGCAUCUCUCAAACUUUUCAUCCAGCCUUGAAACUCCAUCAAAUCUCCGAACUCCUAAAUUCUCUCUCCUAAACAUCCCAAAACUCCUACUUCAAAUCAAAUGAUUCACUCUUGUCAUCUUCCCCAAUUCAAACCCUAACCCUAAUUCCCCAAUUCUGGGAGAGGUUGGAGCAAUCAAAAAUGGCAGAAAUCUCACCCUCUCCACCUCCUCCCACUUUCGACGACUUCAUAUGGUACGGCAACAUCCAGUACCUCCUCAACAUCUCCGCUAUUGGAGCACUCUCUUGUCUUUGCAUCUUUCUCCUCGUUAAGCUCCGGAGCGAUCACCGCCGCAUCCCUGGCCCUUUCUCUCUCCUAUCGAAGCUCCUCGCCGUCUGGCACGCCACUGCCCGUGAAAUCGCUCUCCAUUGCGGCGCUGACGCAUCGCAAUUCCUUGUUAUCGAAGGCGGUACCUUUGCCACCCUCUCUGCUACCUCUGUUGUUGCUUUUUUUGCUGUAUUGCUCAAUAUUUACGCAGGAAAUGUGGCGAUGGAUGAUGUUUUCUCGAAAACAACGAUCACCCACAUCGCGAAAGGUUCGUUUACUUUGUGGGUUCAUUUUGUUUUUAUGGUUGGUAUUGUUUAUUUGGUUCAUAAGGGUGUUUGUAGGAUUGAGGAAUGGUUGAAAUUUACUAGGUUUAGAGAUGGGUUAGGAAAUCCUAGUGACCCCAGUGCGAUUUCGAGUGCGAUUUUUACGAUUAUGGUUCAGGGUGUACCUAAGAGUCUGGCUACUGAUAAGACUCCCUUUGAGGAGUAUUUUCAGUAUAAGUAUCCUGGGAAAGUGUAUAAGGUGAUUGUUCCUAUGGAUUUGUCAAAUUUGGAUGAUUUGGUGGAGGAUUUGCUUAAGGUUAGGGAUGAUAUCUCGAAGCUGGUGGCAAAGAUGGAUGCUCAUUUCGUCUAUGGUGAGAGCGAAGAGGAGGGUGAAUAUUUACGAAGUUAUGAGGGAGGGGAUGGUGUUUGCGGAAAGGUGAAGAGGUUUUGGGGGGAGGUGUGUGAGAGAAUUGGUUGUACUGAUGAGAAGAGGUUGAGGAGGUUGCAGGAGUUGAGGGCUGAUCUUGAGACUCAGGUGGCUGCAUAUAAGGAGGAUGGAGGGCCGGGAGCAGGGGUCGCGUUUGUGGUCUUUAAGGAUGUGUAUACAGCAAACAAAGCUGUUCAAGAUUUUAGAAUGGAGAAACGAAUGAGGAUUGGAAGGUUCUUUUCAUUGACAGAAUUACAGUUGGAAAGAAAUCAAUGGAGAGUUGAAAGAGCGCCUUUGGCAACUGAUAUUUAUUGGCGCCAUUUAGGUUCGACAAAACUCUCAUUGAAAUUACGGAGGAUUAUUGUUAACACCCUUUUAUUAUUGAUGCUGUUGUUCUUCAGCUCCCCUUUAGCAGUGAUAUCUGCUUUACAAAGGGCAGUAAGGAUUAUCAAUGCAGAAGCCAUGGAUAAUGCUGAAUCAUGGUUAUCUUGGCUGCAAAGCUCAAGUUGGAUCACAGCAAUAUUUCUUCAGUUCUUGCCCAACGUGCUUGUGUUUGUGAGCAUGUAUAUUCUAAUCCCAGCAGCAUUGUCCUAUCUCUCUAAGUUUGAAAAGCACAUUACAGUUUCUGGAGAACAAAGGGCAGCACUAAUCAAAAUGGUUUGCUUCUUUUUGGUAAACCUGAUAGUAUUAAGGGGUUUGGUUGAGUCUUCUCUUGAGAGCACAAUCCUUAGCAUGGGGCGGUGUUAUUUGGACGGGGAAGAUUGCAAGAGGAUAGAACAGUAUAUGAGUGCCUCAUUUUUGGCAAAGUCAUGCCUCUCUUCACUUGCAUUUCUAAUUACUUGCACUUUCCUGGGUAUAUCAGUUGAUUUACUUACCCCAAUUCCAUGGAUAAAGAGGAAUCUGCAGAAGUUUCGGAAGAAUGACUUGCUUCAAUUAGUACCUGAACAGAGUGAAGACUAUCCACUAGAAGCUGAUGUAAUCGAUACCCUUCGUAGACCUUUGAUCCCUGAUGAAGAAUUUGGGCCUGCAGUUAGAAAUGGUGGAAGGUUGAAUGUGAUUGAUUUACAGGGGCAUGAUCUCUCUGUCUAUCCAGUUAGUGGAGCUUCACCCAUCCCUAAGCAAAACUUUGAUUUUGCACUGUAUUACGCGUUUAAUCUCACCAUUUUUGCCCUUACUAUGAUAUAUUCCUCAUUUGCACCCCUCGUAGUUCCAGUUGGUGCUGUAUACUUUGGUUACAGGUACAUGGUCGAUAAGUACAACUUCUUAUUUGUGUACCGAGUUCGGGGUUUUCCUUCUGGAAACGAUGGUAAAUUGAUGGACACUGUAUUGUCAAUCAUGCGUUUCUGUGUGGAUCUCUAUCUGAUCUCCAUGCUCCUGUUCUUUUCAAUCCACGGAGACUUGAUGAAGCUACAAGCAAUAUUCACUUUGGGUGUAUUUGUAAUGUAUAAACUGUUACCUUCAGGUAGUGAUGGCUUUCAGCCAGCUAUCUUGCAAGGUGUACAGACUGUUGAUCGUGUUGUAGAAGGGCUUAUUGAUUACGAGGUGUUCUCACAACCUAGAUUUGAUCGGGAUACAAUAUAUAGUUGAUACGAGGCUUCUACACUUGCAGAUUGUUUCCUUCAUGUUCAUAAUGUAUAAAUCUGUCACGGAUUUGCAAAGAAUGGGAGGUAAAGUUAUGAAGAGCAGUCUUAGGGAUUCAGAGCAGUUGUCUAAUGGUGGAAGCAAACACCGGCCUGUUUGUCCGAAGCCUCGUCGCCCUGUUCCCGAUAUCCCUGAAGUUCUUAAGCCCUUGAGUUGCAACAAAUACAGGCAUUCAAAUCAAUCAAAUAUUGAUGGAAAGAACGGAAUUUUGAGAAUGCUGGAUGAAAAGAUUAUAAAUGAAGGAAAUGAAUCUACUUGUGGUGGUUGCGCUGCAGCAUCCUACCCCGGAUCUCCACCCGGAAGAACGGAUAAUCCGAUUAUCCAUGAUCUACAAUUUAUCCAUCAAAUGGAGCUUCUCUCUCCCGUGUACAAAGCUCUCUGAAAAAUUCAGCUUCAACUCUCCAAUUUGAACAACAUGUUAUACCAUGAGUUUGUUAGAGUAAAUAAUUUUUACAAAGUUAUAUAGAUAGCUUCAUAGGGCAACGGUACAUAGACAUGAUUUCACCUCAUAUUUAUUACCAAGCCAUAGAGAUUUUACCGACUAAAAUGUUGCAAUCAAUCCAUACUAGGGUAAAUAUUACUCCGUAGUAAAAUGAGAACUAUUGUAUUCUUGUACGUGUAGUUUUAUUAUGAAGUUGGUUAUUUGUGUGUAUAUAUGAAGUUACCCUCAUGCGGAGGGUUUCCUAAAUUCAUUUUUCUCUCUCUCUCUCUCUCUUCCGUGCCCAUAAUCCGCUGCCAACGACAAACCUAAGUACAUGGCCUUUGCUUCCACCACCUUUACCUCCCAUAAAUCUGGGUAACACCUCAUCAUACAGACCAAAGCAGUCCCCUUCGCAUCCCGAAUCACGGCCCAUACACUCGACCCCUUCUCUCAUCAAAGCAUCCCUAAUCCAUUACCCAUUUAUUUUGACCCCCAAUAUUAUGAAACACAAAUUCAUAAAUAACACUCGGUCCUCCGCGUUGAGCUUCUCAAAACAGCACUCCACCACCUCCCUAAAAGUCCAUAUAUUACGGAGUAUGUAGUUUUACAUUGUAUUCUUCAAAUAUUUGUACUCCAGAAUUCAAGAAUUCAAUGCAGUAUAUGCAAUGGGAGGUUUUCAAUUUUUCAAUAAUAAAUUGAAAGAAAGUUACUCUGUA